CAGUCCGAAUUUGUCAUUCCGGUUGAGCCUACCAGCAGUGAAUUUACCCACCAAGAAUUGAUUGUCUUACAACUAUGCUGUAUGCAGGUGCACCGCCGUCUUAACACUUCAGUAUCUCAAAACAAUCUCAAGAAUUAUUUGUAAAUUAAUAAAAGUUGGUUUGAUUUUCUAGAAUUUAUAAUUUAAUUUUAAUUAAAAUUUUAUAUAUUAAACACGAUGUCUGAAAUUGAAGUAUCUACAAAAAACAACAACAAAAUUACUGUUUUGAAAAAUGAUAAUAAAAGUGAGGAUCUACAGUUUGAGGAAAUGAUGGCCAACUUCAAAAAGUUGACUAUUGGGAACCUGAAUAUACAUCUGGUGAUGGACGGAAAACAACAAUUGAAAGAUAUAUUUUCAAUUGACGAGAAGGAUAAUAGAAAAAAUAUUUUAAAAAGUAAUGCAGGUAAUGGCAAAAAGAUCGUUAAGUUGACUUUGAAAUACAUGAAGAAAAGCCACGAUAAGAAUGAGAAAAAUAUGGUUUUAAAUGGAAAUAAUGGAGAGAAGAUCAAAGUCAUUAGAAAUAAUACAUUUUCACCUAAAGGUAAUAUAGUUAAUACUACAAAUAUUUACAAGCUGACUAUCAAAAACACGACAAAACUUGUGAGGAAAUCUAAGGUUUCAAGUGAAAAUAAUGAUGAACAGAUUAAAAGUUUAGAGAACAUGAAGAAAUUGUUAACAAAGAACUUGUUGACAAAAAUUGGUGAGAAUUUGAAAAAGAAGAUUGAAGCAGAUAGUAGAACUGUGUUUGUUGGAAAUGUAGAUUAUGGGACUACCGCACAGUUACUAGGAAAAAUAUUCUCUAAAUGCGGUAAAAUAAAACGUAUUUACAUUCCAGUUAACACGAUUAGUAGAAAACCUAAGGGUUGUGCAUACAUUGAAUUCGAUUUGUCACAAUCGGUGGAGAAGGCCAUCGAAAUGAAUGGUUUUGUACUGAGAGGUAAGCCGAUCCAAGUGAAGCACAAGAGGACAAAUAAACCUGGAAUGUCGAUAACCGAUCGCACAUCUUUCGAACCAGUGCAUUCCAAAAGCAGGAAAAUACAUGAAGAAUGUGUCAAAAAAACACCCAAAGUGCUUGACAAUUAUGUUUGUAAAAAUCACAGUGGUUCCAAGACUGCUAAUAUAAAAAAAUGUUAAUUAUAUAUUGUA